AUUAUUUAUAAAAUUAUUUAAAACAACCACCAGUAAGUUCUUCUCCCACGGAGCUUAAAAACAACAAUCGAUCUAUCACUUCUCUUCAAUUGUGCAUACUUUUCUCAUUUAUUAGUGGUAGUGUAGGAAGGUUUAUGUUAGCUGAUAUUUCAAUAAGAAAGCAACGAACUGCAAUAACUGAUCCAUUUUUCAUUUGACUGUAAGAAUAAUAUCAUAAGUGUGGUAAGCGCCAGGGUGUGUUCUUGUUUGUAAGCGCAAAGUUUAGUUGUCUAAGGGUCGUCACCCAUUCCCCAGUUCUCAACGAAACCAAAUAUUUUUCAGCUCUGCUCGGCAGCUGCUAACUUUUUUACUUAACGGAUUUUGUAUCUCUCGAUUUGAUUGUGUUUGGCAGCAGUGCGUGUAAACACACACCUCUUAACCAAAAACUACCUUUAAACUAUUAAAGUUAUUGUGUAAGCUAGGGGUGUAAGAUAGAUUAGUUUUUUUCUCUUUUCAAUCGAUAAACGAACCAAGGAAGUGAUAGCAUUUAACGCAGACAGAGGAUUGCAUUUAAGAAAAAUAGUAAGAGCACUUAAAUAGUAACAGCAAGCGAGAGGAAGCGUAAAGGUAAUAUUUCAUUAGGAUUCGACGGAGCACUAGUAAGUAGAGUUGAUAGUUCAAGAGCUACUAGUUAGCGUCUCUUGCCUAGAACAGCCGAGAAGUAGUUGAAAGGGAGAAAGAACGAACCACGAUAUCAUCGAAUCGAAACGACAAAGGAGACAAAAUGCUUCCAACAAGCCAACACCAGCAACAACAUCAACAGCAACAGCAGCCGCAGGAUGCCCAAACGCAACAUCUGUUGAACGUGGCUGCUGCUACAUCCUACACGACCGCUGUCUCCUCGAGUGGUGGUUACAGUAUGAGCAGUUACCCGAUCGUUACGGGCCAUCAUCAUCUGACGGAGAACAACAACCUGUUAAUGCACCCAUCGUACGGCAAACCAGCAGCCCACGUAGCUCACCAGCUGCCACCGGCCUCCCUCAUCACGCUACAGCCCGUGGCGCUUGAUGCUCACCAUCACUCGGCGUUGCAUCAUGUGUCCAACCUGGGAUCACUACCGCAACCGCCACCUCCAGGUGCAACGGCAGGCGUUUCGAUGCAAGGACCACCACCGUCGCAGCCGCCACCGCAGUCGCAUCAGUCUUCCCACACGACGACACUCGUCACAACAUUGGCUCCACCUCCGCAGCAGCAGCAGCAACAGACUGUUGGCUCCAACGCAGGGCUUGGUGAGUUGGUUUUGGGUGGCACAGGUCAUCAUAUGCACCAUGAUGCCAUGCAGCAGCAGCAUCAGCAGCAGCAACAACAACAGCAACAGGACCAACAGCAGCAGCAACAGCACCAUCAGCAACAGCAGCAUCAUCAGCAACAGCUCGAUAUGCAGCAGUCUUCCAUGUCUUCAAUGAAUGAUCCAAAUGGAAAUGGUACGUACGGUCCGAUAGCAGACAACAGUCUUCAUCCUAGAGUCGAGAUCCAUCCCUCCUUCAAGACACAAGAAUUUUUUUGUGUCUUAAGCUACUAGUAUGACCAUGAUGGGUCAAUGUAAGUGCAAGCGAACAAUUCACAUUUCCUCACGCACCGACAAUCCACACCCGCCUUGACCUGCGCAUAAGUAGCUCGAUCGACAUCCAAACCUCCCAUCCGAUUGAUGAAGAAAGUGCGUCUUGAAUGUCGAUGAGCCGUGUGGUGGUCAUUGUGUCGUGGUCGUCGUGCGUUGUCCGUGCUGUGAAAGGAUAUUCUUCCCGCGUUCUAUAUCCUCUGGUGGUGGGCAUUUCCCCGGGAGAGCACCAUUUCAUCCCU